UUUGUGUUUCUCAAAAAGCAUCAUCACCUUGCAUCGCAUCGAAAGCGGGGAAACGCAAAUUGUGUAGAAGUUAAGCAAACAAAUAUCCAAAACACUGGUCAUCUAGAUUUUCUACUUCAAUUCAUAUUCGUUUGAUUUCUGACCACCGAAAGACCAGCACGAUGUCGAGUACUUCGCAGAAACAUAGAAAUUUUGUCGCCGAGCCGAUGGGAGAAAAGCCCGUCACAGAUCUCGCCGGUGUUGGGGAUGUGUUGGGAAAGCGUUUGGAAGCCGCAGGAUUCGACAGAGCAUACACGGUCCUCGGUCAGUACCUCAUCCUCAAGAAGGACGCGGAACUGUUUAAGGAAUGGAUGAAGGACACAUGCGGAGCAAACUCGAAACAGGCGGCCGAUUGUUACCAGUGUUUGAGUGAUUGGUGUGACGAAUUCCUGUAAAUAGUUGUAGAGCAAUUUUACCACCCUCUCAAACUUCCGCUACCAUGUACAACUAAAUGGCUUUUAAGAGAUAAAUAUUUGAUCGACGGUAAGGUUACAAUUGGCCGCACAAACCGAACCUCUCGUCAUGGAUUGAGGUUUGGGGCGUUCAAAUAACAUUUAAAAUACGGACGAAUGCAUUAUUUUGUAUCAUUAUUAAAGUUAAAGUUUCCACAA